AUGCUGGCAACUGCAGCAGCAGCAGCAGUAGCAGCAGCAGCAGCAGUUGGCGUGCAGCGCACUAGAGCAGCCAAGGCUGCAGAAGCAACAGGUGCAGCUGCAACAGCUGCAGCAGCAACUGUCCCAGCAGCAGCAACGAGACGAUUAACAGCAACAGCGGCAGCAGCUGCAGCAGCAGCAGCAGUAGAAGCGCGUUUAGCAGCAGCAUCUGUCUCCAGGAGACCCGAGAAAAUGGCUGUGCACAGAAGCAGGCUGCAGGUUGCUGCAGCAACAGUGCUGUUGUGUUGGGCUGCAGCAACAGCAGCAGCAGCAGCAGCAGCAGCUACAGCGCGUGGUGGCAACGACCAAGCAGCAGCAGCAGCAGCAGCAAAGAGUGCAGCGGCGGCCGCGGUUGCAAGGGCAAAUGAAGGGCAGCGUGCUCCAUUCAGUCCCAAGUUCGCAGCGAAUCAGCCCCUAGAUACAGUAGACGAGCCCGCAGCAGCAAUUCCCGCUGCUGCUGCUGCUGCUGCUCCGCCUCCUGCUGCUGCUGCUGCAGUCGAUGCAGCUGAAGGCUUUGGGGCUGUGCAUACACCGGAAGAUGCCGCACCACCAGCAACAGAGGCAGCAGCAGCAGCAGAGGUAGCAGCAGCAGAAGCUGCACAAGGGCCCCCCCAAUAUACGCCGGAAGGUGCAGCAGCACCUGCUACAGCAGCAGCACCGUCACCUGCUGCUGCUGCUGCUGCUGCUGACGAGGUGUUGGAGGCUGCGCAUGUCUACGAAACAGCUGCUGCUGUACAAGAUGCUGCAGCAGCAGCAGGAGAUGGCAUAACGGAGACAGCCGUUCCUGCAGCAGCAGGUGCAGCUGCUGACGCUGCUGCUGCGACCGCAGAAGCUAUUGCUGCAGCUGAAGCAGCAGCAGCGGCAGAAGCUGCUGCUCCACCUGAGACAGCAGCAGCAGCAGAAAUAGCGGGUGCAGCAGAAAUAGCGGGUGCAGCAGAAGCAGUUCCUGCAGUAGUACAGGAGGCAGCAGCAGAUCCAGAAGCAGCAGCAGCAGCUACACCCCACGCAGCAGCAGCGGGCUGGGAUGCUGCGGCCGUCGCCAAUGAGCAGCAGCAGCAGCAGCAGGCGCAGCAGCAGCAGCAGCACGCAGGUCAGCCGUGGGAGACCCAACCUUAUGCCGCGUAUGGUGCAGGGGAUGCAGCAGCAGCAGCAGAACCCGUAGCAGCAGCAGCAGAGCCGGCAGCAGCAGUAGCAGAGCCAGCAGCAGCACCAGCAGAGGACCCCACAGCAGCACCAGCAGAGCUCGCAGCAGCAGCAGCAGCACCAGCAGAACUCGCAGCAGCACCAACAGGACCCGCAGCAGCAGCAGCAGAACCAGCAGUAGCAAGGGAAGCUCCACCUCUUGAAUUUGCAGCAGACACCCUACCAGCAGCAGGUGAAGCAGCAGCAGCGGAAGCAGCAGCAGCAGCAGCAGCGGCGGCAGCAACAGCAGCAGCAGCAGCACCAGCAGCGCCUGCAGCACCGCAACGAGCAGUCCCUCGUCCUCCUGCAGCAGCAGCUGGGGCAGCAGCAGGGACCAGGAAUCCCUACCGCCAGCAGCAGCACCCAGAGCCGCCGCCGCAGCAGCAGCAGCAGCGGCAGCAGCAGCAGCAGCAGCAGCGACAGCAGCAGCGUCGGCCGCAGCAGCAGCAACAGCAUAAGCCCUAUGCAGUCGAGCAGCAUCCGUAUGGUGUGCUGCCUGGCGGGUCAGACUAUGGUGCACCAGCAAACCCCCCGCGGCAGCAGCAGCAGCAGCAGCAGCAGCAGCAGCAGCAGCAACCGUAUGCUGCAGAUAUCCCUGCGUAUGCAGCAGCAUACAUGCAGCCAGAGAUCGGUGCUGCAGAGCAGCAGAAGCAGCAGCAGCAGCAGCAGCAGCAGCAGCAGAUUCCGUACUAUGAGUCAGCGCCUCACCGAGACGCGCGGCCCAAGUGGCGGCAGCAAGAACAGCAGCAGCAGCAGCAGCAGCAGCAGCAGCAGCAAGAGGACCUACUAGAAGAGGAAGCCAACUUCGAUCCGCUGCAUGAAUUAAGAGAGGAGGAGGAGCUGCUGCAGCAGCAUCAGCAGCGACAGCAGCAAAAACAGGGGCUUGCUGCUGCUGCUGCAGCAAACGCCUAUGGAGACAUGGACUCCUUGCUGCAUGCUGAGUGCCCGGCGUUUGCUGCUCGGCUGGCGCAGCAGCAGCAGGACUUGCUGUCUCUGCCAGUGUGGGUAGAGGGCCUCGUCGGAGACAGAAGCAUUUUGCAUGUCCUGAGAGACGGAGCAGCAGGGCUGCUGUAUGAACACCAGUAUGAUAUUGCUGCAGCAGCAACAACAGUACACCGCGCCGUCACUGCUGCUGCUGCUGCUGCUGCAGAAGCAAAUGAAGAGGUUUUUAAUAGUUAUCCGGUCCUCUGGCUUAUCGGCAUCACCUGCAUCACCCUGCUGGUUGUUAGCCGCCUGUUGUUUGGGCGUUUCUUUCCGCUGUGGUGCAGCAGCAGCAGCAGCCUGCAGCAGCAGCAGGAAGCAGCAGCUGCAGCAGCACUUCAGUCGCUGCUGAAGCAGCCGCAGAUGCAGUCUCUCCUGGUGAACGCAAAAAAGCUGUCGCUGCUCUGCGAAUCUGCUGCUGCCGGCAGCAGCUCCACACCCAGCAACAAGCAGGCCCUGGGUGCCUCGGGGGGCCCUGGCUUUGAGGGCGAUGCAGUGCAGCAGCUGCAGCAGCUGCAGCAGCGUCUAACGCGGUUCCUAGACCAGCAGCAACAGCAGCAGCAGCAGCAGCAGCAGCAGCUCCUGAGCCAGGCGCAGCAACUCUCGGAGGCGGUGGAGGCCCAGUCGCGUUUUGCUCUCUUCAUGGCGCAGAUACUCAAGCACAUGUCUAUGAACGGCAGUCAGCCGGGCCCCGAAUUGGAUUUGCCGGAGUUUAUCGGAAAGACGCAGCAGCAGCAGCAACAGCAGCAACAGAGUGCAGCAGGCAGCUUGGCUGUUGCUGCUCAGGAUCUCUUCGACAUUGUGUCUCCUAGACUGUCCCUUCAGGGAUCCGCAGACCUUCACGACGUCGCAGGCGCAUCUGCAGCAGCAGCAACAGCAGCAGCAGGUGCUGCUGCUGCACCGCCAGCUUUGUCCAGCAUGAGCAGCAGCGAGUCGCAUUUGGGGCCUCAGUUGCCUCGAGGUAGCCCGUUGCUGCUGCAGCAGCAGCAACCGCCGCAGCAGCAACUGCCGCAGCAGCAACUGCUGCAGCAGCCAAUACCGCAGCCACAUCAGCAGCAGGAACAGCAGCAUGACGACCACAAGCAGCUCCUCCUUCAUCAUCCGCAGCAUCCUGCUGCUGCGUUUGCGGAAGCCGGCCCGCACCCGCAGCAGCAGCAACUGCAGCAGCAGCAGCCACCGCCGCAGCAGCAGCAGCAGAUUCUGCUGCCCUCGCAGGACCCCCUUCUCCUCCCUGCUGCUGCUGACGUACGCGACAGGUUUGGGUCUCAGGAAUCGACACCUGUGCGCCGCACAAGCUUUGAAGGAGGGUUUGGGGCUUCACAAGAGCAACUCGGUGCUGCUGCUGCUGCUGCUGCUGCUUCUGGUGCUGCUACUGGCACUCCUACAAAUGUCUCUCAAACAGAGACAUCUUCUGCUGCUGAAGCAGCAGGCGACUUCGCGCCUAACUCUGCCCAUCUGCAGCAGCCGCACCAGCUGCAGCAGCAGCAGCAGCUACAGCAGCAUCAGCAGCAGCAGCAGCAGCAGCAGCGACCCAACGGACUCCCCGGGGCAGCUGCACCACCGCAGGGGCCCCCCAGGGGCCCCCUUUCUAAUGGAGGCCCCCCUUUCGCUCGUAACUGCAGCUCAAGAAAAAGAAAGCCCUCCUUCGCCCAAGCCCCUGGGCCUCAGGCAGCUGCCGAGGAGAGAAAGAAAGUCAGAAACGCACUGCAGCAGCAGCAGCAGCAGCGGCAGCAGCAGCAGCAGCAGCAGCAGCUGCAGCAGCAGCUGCAGCGAAUGAAUAGCCGUGUAGAUGCCCCCACACAAAUACAUAGAGAGAAGGGAAUCAGCAGCAGCAGCACUAGCAGCAGAAGCAGCAUCACCACUAGCCGCAGCAGCAGAACUAGCAGCAGCAGCAGCACAAGCAGCAUCAGCGCAGGCAGCGGCACUAGCCGCAGCAACAGCACUAGUAGCAGCAGCAGCAGCACAAGCACAAGCCGCAGCAACAGCACUAGCAGCAGCAGCAGCACUAGCAGCAGCAGCAGCAGGAAGCAGGCGUGUGUUUAUGUGUAUGUGCAGAGAGCCCCCGAAGGUGCAGGCGGUGAAGAACCCGUUUGGGUUUGCUGCGCCUCCAGCUGUAGGCCGAUCAACAAUGGAAUGCUGAGCGCAGCAGCAACUGCUGCUGCUGCCGCUGCUGCAGUUGCAGAUACUGCUGAUGCAGAUGCACAUGCAGAUACUGCUGCUGCAGAUGUGAUGCCCGGCAUUGUUGCUGAUGCAGCAGCAGCAGCAGCAGCAGCAGCUGCUGCUGCUGCUGCUGCUGCAGGUCCACACUAUCAUCACUACUACAUACCGCAGCCGCAGCCGCAGCCGCAGCAGCAGCCACGGCGGCGGCAGCAGCGCAAGCAGCAGCAGCAGCAGCAGCAGCAGGGUCUGGACCUACCCCCAAAGGUGCAGCGGCUAUUAAAGGAUAGAAGGGUCGCCUACCUUGCUAGUCUUGCCUCCGCAGCUUCUUCAGGUGUAUCUUCACUUGUAAAAAGGAAGGUUAACGACAUCCGCAGAAGCAAACGCGUUAAAGACAUAGAGCUUUGGCUGCAUCCCCCUGAUACAAAUAUUCAGGUGUAUCUGCAGCAGCUAGGAAGUGUGGGGCCCGCACUAGUCCUGUACUUGGGGUAUCAACUACAAAACCCCUGGGGGCCCCCAACAGGGGGCCCCCCAAACUUCCCCCCUAUAGGGGCCCCCUCAGCUUCUCUAGGAGGGGGCCCCUUUGGGGGGCCCCCUGGGGGAUCAUUUGGGGGGCCCCUGGGGGGCCCCUAUGGUGGGCCCCAUGGGGGGGCAUUUGUGGGGCCACCUGUGGGGCGCCCAAUGGGGGCCCCUGGGGGGGCCCUUCGGGGGGCCCCUAAGGGGGCCCCUGGUGUUAAUGCUGAGGGUUUGAUUGAGGAGUUGUUGGAGGUUGUAGAAGAAGAUGUAAACAAGCAUAUGAGUCGGUUAGGCGCUGUGCUGUAUAGAGGAGAGACAGAAGCAGCAAAGUUGUUUUGUAGGAGGAUGGGAGUGCUGCUGGUGGAGGUGCUUUUGCUGGCGAGAGCAGCAGCAGAGAGCCUGUUAGGAGAAUCAAAGAGACAAACACAUCUUAAGAGACUUGCUGCUGCUGCUAGGGAUGCUGCAACAAUCAGUGCUUGUCUGCAGCAAGCAGCAACCAGAUUGCUGCAGCAGCAAGGCCUGCUGCUGGAGCAGCCAGUUCUCUCCUAUAACUCCACUGCCUCUCUUACAGAGAGGGAGCUGCAAGCUGACUUCACCCUGCUGCAGCCCCCCCAGCAGCAGCAGCAGCAGCAACUGCUGCUGCAGCACCCUACCCAGUCCCAUACACAGCAGCAGCAAUUUCCGCAGCAGCUGCCGCAGCUGCCGCAGCUGCCGCAGCUGCCGCAGCAGCACGUGCUUCAGCAGCCGCACAUGCCGAACGAGCCCGUACAAAUGUGGCCUUUUCCCCCGCAGCAGUAG